UGAAUAAGAAAUUUGUUGAAAUCGCAAUGUAUUCCGCUAAAUUUCUGUUUCUGUUAUACUAUCCAUAUCAUAUCAAAAUCCAAAAUAUGUCAUUAUAUAGUGACGUUUCUUGUAUAUUUACUGGAAAAUGGACGAAAGAACGGAAUUACAUGCUAAUAGAGUUUACAGCGCGAAACCGGAAGUUUUUGUGGGAUUGUCCUCUCGCACUCCUCUGCGCUGUCGUCCAAGAAUGGCCGCUGCUGCAGCAGGAAUAAACAAGCAGGGCGCCGUAGCGACGAUGGAGCCUUGCAUCCGAUACGGGAGGGGAGCCAGUGGAAACACGGUCAAGGUGCUGGAGUGUGGUGUGUGUGAGGACGUCUUCUCUCUUCAGGGGGACAAGGUGCCUCGUCUUUUGCUCUGUGGUCACACAGUGUGCCAUGAUUGUCUCACCCGGUUGCCCCUCCAUGGCAGAGCGGUACGCUGCCCCUUCGACAGACAGGUCACUGAGCUGGGGGACUCUGGGGUUUGGGGCCUGAAGAAGAACUUUGCUCUGCUUGAACUGUUGGAGCGACUCCAGAAUGGAGCGACCAACCAGUCGGGGAUGGCGGAGGAUGCUCUGAAAGGCAUGGGAGAGUGCAUAAUACGAUGCGACGAGGACGAGAGCCACACAGCUUCCAUGUACUGCACUGUGUGUGCCACCCAUCUGUGUGCUGAGUGCUCCCAGCUCACCCACUCCACUCGCACUCUGGCCAAACACCGCCGGGUGCCGCUGGCUGACAAGCCUCAUGAGAAGACCCUGUGCCCACAGCAUCAGGUCCACGCCAUCGAGUUUGUCUGCCUGGAAGAGGCCUGUCAGUCUGGGCCUCUGAUGUGCUGUGUGUGUAAGGAGUAUGGCAAGCACCAGGGACAUAAGCACGCUGUUCUUGAGACUGAAGCUAAUCAGAUCCGGGCAUCCAUUUUGGACAUGGCCCACUGCAUCCGUACCUUCACAGACGAGGUGUCCGAGUAUUCGAGGAAGCUGGUGGGCAUUGUGCAGCAAAUAGAAGGCGGGGAGCAAAUAGUAGAGGAUGGAGUUGGCAUGGCACACACUGAACAUGUCCCUGGCACAGCAGAGAGUGCACGCUCCUGUGUCCGAGCUUACUUCGCAGACCUCCACGAGACUCUGUGUCGGCAGGAGGAGAUGGCCCUGAGCGUGGUGGACGCUCAUGUCAGGGAGAGGCUGAUCUGGCUGAGGCAGCAGCAGGAGGACAUGACCAUCCUGCUGUCUCAGGUCUCCACCGCCUGCCUGCACUGUGAGAAAACACUUCAGCAGGAUGACUGCAGAGUUGUGCUGGCAAAGCAGGAGAUCAACUGUUUGCUGGAGACCUUACAGAAGCAGCAGCACCAGUUCACUGAGCUGGCAGAUCACAUUCAGCUGGAUGCUGGCAUCCCUGUCACCUUCACUAAGGACAACCGGGUCCACAUUGGUCCAAAGAUGGAGAUCCGUGUUGUGACCCUUGGACUUGAUGGAGCUGGAAAAACCACCAUCCUCUUCAAGCUGAAACAAGAUGAGUUCAUGCAGCCCAUCCCAACUAUUGGUUUCAAUGUGGAGACAGUUGAAUAUAAGAACUUGAAGUUCACCAUCUGGGAUGUGGGUGGAAAACAUAAGCUCAGACCCCUCUGGAAACACUAUUAUCUGAACACUCAAGCGGUGGUGUUUGUGAUUGACAGCUGCCACAGAGACAGACUGAUGGAGGCUCACAGUGAGCUGGCCAAACUACUGACAGAGAAGGAGCUGAGAGAUGCCUUGUUGCUCAUCUUUGCAAACAAACAGGAUGUUCCUGGCGCUGUCUCUGUGGAGGAGAUGACAGAGCUGCUGAGCCUACACAAGCUGUGCUGUGGGAGGAGCUGGCACAUUCAGGGCUGUGAUGCCCGCAGCGGGAUGGGCCUCCACGAGGGUUUGGAUUGGCUCUCCAGACAGCUGGUGGCCGCCGGUGUCCUGGACGUAGCCUAAAUGUCACCUCCCUCUCCUUACUGACUCUCUCCUAACGACUGAACCCAAACCCCAGCCUCUGAGCUCUCUUCAUCAGUUCUGUUACUUCCAAGUAUUAACUUUUAAGACGCCACUGCGGCUUUAAGCCUUCUCUCAUCAUCUUUCCCUCUUUGUGCACCGCUGUGGGCAAAGAAAACAAAGAUGUAAAUACUCUCGCUACGCUCAUUUAAUGGGAACGUGGAAACAAACAACUGUCCUACCGCUUACACCACCCUCCCAAGAAAUACACUUACUGGGCCUAAAACCUGAAUUAUGACUACAGGCUUCCAUCCUGCUUCAUUUCUAAGGCAGCUUACAUGGUAUAACACAUUGGUUACUUUAGUUUUUCUUCCUUCUAACCCUUUCAAGAGAUAAGCUGUUUAUCUGGCAUCUGUAGCUCAUCGACGUAGAUCCAGUCAAAUGUUAGAAAUGCUCCUUGUGCCCUUGCAGAGUGGAUUGUAUCUGUAUUCUCUAUCUCACAGUUCUUACCAUGGCCACCACCAUAUGUGACAGUAAUUUGAAUUAAAUGCAGAGUAGUCUGUAUUGUAAUCACAGCAUCACUUACCUACGUACCUUGCGUUGAUUCAUUAGACUUCCAAUAAUCCUGAGGAAUAACUACAAUGCCCUUUUAGUUAAACCCAGUGUAUUGGCAGGUGAGUGAGAUGGGACAGAAAUGUUCUCUAUGUUUAAAAUGAACCCAGAGGACCUCCAGUGGCUUCAAACUGAUGGUCAGUUGUUCAGAUUUGGGCUGAGCUCUCACUUGGCCUUAUCAUCUAAUGUAAGCAAUAGCAGUCGGUGUAUCAUGGGGUCUUUAAGUUAUGUGUGCAACAUGUUUUUUUUUUUUUUAAGUGUGUGAACCUAUUUAAUGCCACAGCUGGUCUUGAAAUGGCGCACCAAUGGAGUUUUGGUUUGAAUGUAGUGUUUACUGUUACAGAGAAAACUGUUUACUGAAUUUAUUUAUGAGCAAGAACGAGGACAUCACUUUGACGCGGGGCUGUGUGAGAAAAUCCGUUUUUAUGCACCGAUACUGCCUCCGUUUUGUGGAGUGUCUUGCACGCAGAAUAUGUCAAAUGCACUUGUCUGCUGCCUCACUACCAGUUUUCAUUUGGAAACAAAUGAACUAUCUGCUGUUUCUUAGUAGACGAUGAGUAUUUAACUCACCGCAAAAAAAAAAACAACUAAAAAAAGUCUUGUGAAAAUAUUCCUAUUUAAACAUCUCACACAGAUCCUGUUUGUCUGGAGUGCUUACGAGAUGGUACACCUUUAAUCUACAGCCUUCAGUAAUGUAAUGUGAAACUUUGUGAAACAUUGAACCUAACACUGACACAUGUCUUAUUAUUGAGGAACCAUCAUUUGAGUUUCAUUUAAUCUUUAUUCAUUGCUAUGUAAUGUUUACUACUUGUACCUAUGUAUAAAAAUACAAAUAAAAAAAUGCACGUGUGAAAAGCCUUUCCACAUAGUUUGUGAAAACAUUUUUCAUUUGUUUUUGAAACGUAGAAGCACAAUGCGCAUCGAAAAAACCUUUGUUACCAGUGGACUUGAUAAUGGCUUUUGUAAAUUAUUCAUAAUGUGAUGCUGUCAAAUAAACUAAUUGACCUUA